AUGUGGUGGAAGUUGAAAUCAUCUUACGAAAGCCUGCCACAGUCAGAAGGCAAGACUAACAAGUGGCGUGGUCCUCCCGGGACGCAUUCGAAUGAAGUUGACAUUGCAUGGCACGAGAUCGAACUUGGGGCCGGCGGCAUCCGGGUCACAGCCGAAGAAGUGGAAAUGCUCAACAUGACCGACUCGCCGGAAAUGCCAUUUCACAAAGUCCCAGAUGCGCAGGGCGGCGGAUACUUGGCAAUGCUCGAAGUUUUCCACCUUCUUCAUUGUCUGAACUCUUUGAGAAUGGGACUAUUCUACAACUACGAGCACUACAAAUUCCUAGACGAGGGUGUCCCUGACGAAAACAUUUACAGCCACUUUGAUCACUGCAUCGAUAUGUUGAGGAUGAAUUUGCAAUGCCAGGGAGAUGUAACGCCAGCCCUGUUCGUUGAUCCUCUCGACAACCCCAAACGACGAGACGCCCUGCCGAACUGGUCUUCCAUGCACACUUGCAGAGACUUUGAUGCCAUUCUGGAUUGGAACAAGCACGGCCCGAGAUCUGUGCGAUGGCGCGAUGCCGGGGCGAACCCAUCUUGGGACCCAAACCUCGAGGGGGCCGAGCCGCCUUUUCCGCCAGAGGGUAAGAAAGAAGAACACCACCACUCCUAG